CAUGUAUAAAGAGUUAUCGUAUAUUACACUUAUUUUGGGUGUAGCUUCAUUGAUGACUGAAUUACUUUCCCUCUUCCAACCUGGAAAUAAGGCAGACAGCCGUCCCAAUAAUAAGUCUGCAGAGGCUAUGAUGAUAUCCACUAUUCUCACCGAAAUUGUUUCCUCAGUCUAUAUAUUGAAACGUAUCAAUACAGUCAGUGUUGCCAAAGUGAAAAUAAUUGCUCUUUUGAUUUUGGGAAUGUUAAUAGCUACAUUAACAUUACGAGAAAAAGAUGGGAUAUUCUUUAAAGAAGAAGGAAAAUAUCUUAGUAUGCAUAACGCAGCAUCAUUUCUGCUUUGCGCUGUAGGAGUAACUUGGGUAACCUUCUGGUUUUUCGCAAAACCGACCCCAAUUGAACAGUUACCAUCAAUACCACUGACCGAUUCGAUAAGACAAAGAGAAGAAGAUUAUCAGCAACGUUUGGGCAGAGGAGGGGCUGUUACACGGUCAGCUGAUGAGCACUAUCGAUACGGUAGUCAAGAAAUGUUACCUUCCUACUACGAAUUGCCUGUUCCUCCACCUUAUUCAAAAGUUAUAGUUCCAAACCUUUCUGAAUUACAAGCAGAACAUACAUCAAGUACGUCUCGAGACAUUGCUACCAAUACCGAUGAAGCUCCUGAUAGUAAUAGCAGCCAAACACAACCACAGACACCAGAAACUACUACUACCACACGUCAGCCUGCGUUAUAAAAAGACUCACUCGAUGAAUAUAUAAAUUAAAACUAUGUACUUUAAGAUUAACUAAUAAAGCAUGGACAUAAUGUUAUCCGCCU